UACUUCGAAUCGUGCCCCGUCUGCUUGACGACCGAGCCGCCCCCUUUUUCCUCCCCCCUUCCUGCCUCGCAGCCGCGCGCGGGCGCGGCGGCGGAGGUUCCCGGUUACCCCGGGGAGGCGGCGCUCGGUUCCGGCGGGGAUGGGCACGCCGGAGUUCCCCAACCUGGGGAAGCACUGCAGCGUCGGCGACUGCCACCAGAUCGACUUCCUCCCCUUCACCUGCGACCGCUGCGACAACGUAUUUUGCCUUCAGCACAGAAGUUAUACGACACACCAGUGUCCAAAUGCAAAUCUGAAGGAUGUUACUGUCCUCAUCUGUCCACUCUGUGCUAAAGGGGUUCGCCUCAAUCCAAGCGAAGACCCAAAUAUCACCUGGGAUACUCAUGUUAACACUGACUGUGAUCCAUCAAAUUACCAGAAAGUAACAAAGAAAAAGAAAUGCCCUGUGCCCGGGUGCAGAGAGGCACUGACUUUUUCCAACACGAUCAGAUGCAAAGAUUGCACCAAAGAACACUGCCUGAAGCAUAGAUUCGGGCCUGAUCACAAGUGCCCAGGACCAAGAAAAGUGGAUUCGGGCUUCCCCUUUGUAAAUAUGCUAAGGAGAAGUCAGAAAGUGGAGACACGUCCGAACAGCAGUAAGAACAAUAGUUCUUCAUGGUGGAGCUCCAGCCUUGUGAAUGCAGCAACGAAUUUCAAAUCAUCAGCUGAAGCUGGAAUGCAGAAACUGAGCAUCGCUACUAGCCAAGCCUUCCAGAAGGCUAAGGAUGGGAUCUCCGCAGACAGCAGCAGCAGCAGCAGUGAGCUUGUGGAGGAAUGUGUUCAUUGCCCAGCUAGAUUUUCCACCGUGGGGGCCUUAAUUGAACAUGUCGAGAAAUCCCACCAGACAAACCAGCAACCUAGUCGUGGCCGAGUGACAAUUGAUGUUUGCCCCAAGUGUAGCAAGGGGUUCCGAGAUCCGGUGUUGCUAGUGGAGCAUGUUGAGAGGGAGCAUGGCGGAACGUCAAGAGCAUAAAGCUGCUCGUGUGUACUUUAUAACUUUUUUUUUCUUCUCAUUUCAUCCAUUGGGUUAUGCUCUACUCCUUUGGACUUCAAAUUUGCCCAUAGAAAGUAUAGUAGUAUGUUGGAUUGAGGGCAAAGCGGUUGUCCAUUCCAUUGAACCUACCUUAGUAUUUUGGUCGUUCUGGAUUCUAGAAAUUAAAGUAUGAUUUGUUAAGAUAAUUUGCCCAUAAAUAAAAUUUUGUUGCACGGCUCGAGUUCACAGCC